AACUGGUUCUCUUAUCCUGUGAAACCACCAUCAUAAAUUCAUAUCAUCGCUCUUCAGCCAUGUCCUCCUUCCUCCACCAUCUCUUCGUCUCCGUCUUCGUAUUCGCCUUCCUCAAUCUCCGAUCUGAAUUCGGCUGAGUCGGCUUGCUCGAUCGCUACCCUCACUUGUCAGAUUCGCUUCCGAUUCAACCCGGUAAAUCGGUUGAACAAUGGAGCCUAUGGACAUCGUCGGCAAAUCGAAGGAAGACGCUUCGCUUCCUAAAGCAACAAUGACAAAAAUUAUUAAAGAGAUGUUACCUCCAGAUGUACGUGUUGCAAGAGACGCACAAGAUCUAUUGAUCGAGUGUUGUGUAGAAUUUAUAAACCUUGUUUCGUCGGAGUCCAAUGAAGUCUGUAGCAGAGAGGAAAAACGGACUAUUGCACCUGAGCAUGUACUGAAGGCUUUAGAGGUCCUCGGCUUUGGCGAGUACAUUGAAGAAGUCUAUGCAGCAUAUGAACAGCACAAGCUGGAGACCAUGGACUCUUUAAAAGGUGGUGGUAAGUGGAGCAAUGGAGCUGAGAUGACCGAAGAAGAAGCAUUAGCAGAGCAGCAACGGAUGUUUGCAGAGGCGCGAGCCAGGAUGAAUGGCGGGGCUAUUGCUUCCAAGCAACCAGAAGCUGACCAAAGUUUAGAUAGCUAACUCUAGGACCUCGUGUUUUCUCGAAGCGUGGGCAAAGGCAUCUCUGACAUCUUUUCCUGCCCUUCUAAUUAGCUCUGUUGUGUACAAAAGCCACUCACUAGUUUGCUGGCCUAUGUGGAUGUGCUCUCCAUUUGUAUUCUAUCCUUUUAUGAAUCCAUAUUUGUAAGUCAAUGUAAUUAGUGAGAGUUCGUGAAAACCCUCCACUAUUUAGAGUUACGUGUAAGUAUUUAAUCUGCAUUUUGUGUCUUCUACACACUAACAGCUCGUAGCUUGAAGCUGACGGUAGCGACUAUAUUAGAUUGUAAAAGUUAUUGAUGAAUAUGUAGAAGCAAUGGUAUUCUGUUUAUUUCUGUUAA